AUGGCUCCUCAGAAGAGGCGACCAGAAGAAGAGGUAAUUUUAUUUUUUUAUUUUUUUCGAGGGGAACAUUUUUUUGAUAUAUCGAAUUUUGCUGAAUUAACGGAUUUUUUCAAAGUUCGGCAAACUUAUAUCAGCCAUAAAUGGGAGAAAUCGUACAAAAACGUUCAGCUUAAGAUUUAUUUUCUGUUCUUGAUAAUUUUCAAGAUGGAAAUAGAUUAAAACCUCAAAAAUUAAACCAUUUUUGGAUUUAUUUAGUUGAUGAUUCAAUUACGAAAGAUCGAAUGAUAUUUGUGAUCUGAGUCUUCACAGAUCGUUUGAAAAAGCCUGAGAAUAUCAUAAAAACAGCCCCAGAUAAAGCUUUCUUUAAGGACACAAUGAAUACAGCAAAAAACACUUGCUGAUUUUACUCGCGUUAAGAGAAUUUACUCGGAUGUUUCUUGGACGUUCGAUCUCAAAAGUAUAGGAACAAGUACAGCAGCACUGUGAACAAUAACAUAAACAGUCAACAUGUGUUGAGCCAGAUCGCUUCACAAAGCAGCGAAAACAGUACAAAAAGAUUCGGCCGCUCUUUUGAAUCACAUGUGGCAGGAGUUGCAAAGGCUCCUUUGGCGCAAAAUCAUACAGUUUACACUGGUUGACCCCGUCUUUUGGGAGCUUCUUUUUUUGAAGCAAACAAUCCUCAAAAGCAAUUCGGCAACCAUAUGGAAAAGAUCAAAUCGCAACCUCAUGAAAAACCGCGCUAGAAUAUCUAACAAAGUUUUUUUUGUAAGAUCACAAAAAUUAAGGUAGAGGUUAUACCAGCGCAAAAAUUAAGCUUUUGAAAAAUACCGAGUAGUUAGAAAAAAAGAUGAAAAAGUUGGCUUCGUGAAUAGAGUUUUUGUUAAAAGAAUGACUAAAAAAAUGAAUAAUGAUCUUUAACCCUGAAUAAAAAUACGGAAGUUUCGUAAUAAAAACUUUAACUGUUUUUUUCAAUAAUUGAAAUUUGAACAAAAAAUUAUAAUUUUUUUUCUCUGCUUUGCCAUAACCGGAAUUAUGAGUUAUGACGUAAAAAAAUGGAGUGAAAAAUGAAUGAAAGUGAGUUUGGAAAAAAAAAAAAAAAUUAUCUCCUUGGGGCGCACUUUAACCACGUCAUUUUUUUCAUCGUGACUACUUAUUUUUUUAUAGCACAUUUUUUUACCAAGUUUAUGGAACAUUCAAAAAGAAAAAGUUAUAGUUAAAAAAAUAAAACUAGGGUGCAUUUUUUUGACAACCCCUGCAGAAAAAAGUCUUUGAGAGCGAAGACAAAAGAUACUUCAACAGGCUUUUUUGCUAUUUUAUACUUGUUUUCAAGGCUUCUAAACUAGUUGAAAAUUACAUGGAAACUUUUAUUAUUAGAGGCUUGAAAACCUUUUUUUUUCCAAACAGCGGUUGAUGAAUAAACGUAUUCAUUGGCAGUAGUUUUGAGAAAUUUUUUAUCUAGAUUCUCAAAAAUUUUUCAAGCUAAUCUAUAGUUUUUCAUAUUCCCUGACCUCUCUCGUCAGGUGCUUGGUUUAAUGAUAAUGGUUGUUAAGCUGUGAUAAGGAGUAAAAUGAUUUUUUUCUGCGAAAAAGAGCGUGUAGAGAAAAAGAAACUCCUAAUUUAUAUCGAAAUGUUUUUUUCAAGUUUUUUUCUGGUCUCCUAUGGAAAUUAUGAAAGUACACCAUCUCAAACUAACACUAAUAUGAAAAAAACCAAGUCUUUUUCGAAAAAAAUUUGAAAUUUUUUUAGUUUCUCGGAAAGUUCUUUUUGAAACUUUCAAAAUUAUCUUGAGAGCCGAAAAAAAGUUCGUACAAACAAGUUAUUGGCGCGGUUUUGUCGAGAAUUGACGUUGUUACAAAAAAACCAAAUCAUUUUUUUCACUCAUAAAAUUUUGUUUAAAUCAGGGUUUGAAAGUUAUCAAAAGGCGCAGCUUUCUAGUUAAAAAAAUACUUGCCUCAAAAAGUUUAUGUUCUCCGCAAAAAAAUGAUUUUUUUCAGAAAGGUUAUAUUUUUUUAGAGAGCUAGGAAGUUUUUGAAUAUUGAGGCUAGGCAAAAAAUUCAUAUUAAAUUUUCGAGCAAGUUUUCAGAUAAUCCCAGAUUGAAAUUUAGAACCGUAUCUCUAUUGAAAUGAUUUCGAUGAUUGAACUAUAGGUCGAAGAGAAUUCUCUCGAAGACGGUCCUGAAGAAGAAGAACCACCAACCGGACAAAGCGCUGAGUCUUCGAACCUGCUCGAACUUUUCUCGCUUUUUGCUUACCAAAGCCGUAAGGCUGCGGUCAAGUGUUCCGCCAAGAGUAUGUUUUUUUUCCAUGCUUGCUUCUUGAAACAAAUCGAAAAAUUAAUGAUAAUGGCUCUACAGCUUCGAUAUUAGUUUCAGCGAAAAUAACGCGAUACCGCGGCGGAACUGCGAUCUCGCAAACGUUUCGCUCUACAAUAUUGUUUGAAAAAUGUCCCGCAAAAAAAAUUUUUUUUAGAUGAAUCAGAAAUCUUGCCAAAUGUCCCAUUGCAAACUUUUUUUAUUUUCUAAACCACAAUGCUUCAGGCUUCAGAAUUAUCCUUCUGAAUAUUUCGACCAACUUUUAAUAAAACCGAAGCCCGAGUAUGAUUAGUCUUCUUGGAAUCGCACAAAAGUUUACCACAACCUAAAAAAUAUUUUCGAAUAAAAACCCAAUAGUUUUGUGAUGGAUCUCAUAACUUAUUCCAAAUCUUUCCAUCAUAAUUUGUAGAGAAAUAGUUGUCUUUAUUAUAGUCAUUUUUUUCCCUACUCGAAAGGCGAAGCUUAUAAAAAAGUUAGGACCAAAUUUCCGUUUCUUCGUAUUAAUUCUGACCAUAUUCUACAUACUUUCAGCUGAACUAAAUCUUUUUGAAAUCGUAAAAAACUGUCAAAAAAGCACAAAAAGUGAUGGCUCAACUUCGAGUUCCUUGCCCAAAAGCCGUAAUUUUUUCAAGGUUUCCCAUCUCGUCUUUCGGUUCGGGAAGAAUUGGUUAUAUCUGGCAAACCUGAUAUUAUAUUGUGAUCGGGAAAGCUGCAAAUUGAAUUUUUCUCAAAAAAAGCUUGUUAAAAAUAAUUUAUAGAAAAUAUUUCUUAAUUUAAAACCCUCAUAUGAUUUCAGAUGCGGCCUUAUUAAAGCAGGAAAAACUAUGAAGAAGGCGGCAAUGGAGGCGAUGAUGGGGCCUUUAGAAAGAAGAAGAAAAAAAUCUUCGAAUAAACCGCAAAAAACCGAAAAUGUUCGGAGAAAGCAGCAAAAAAAGUGGCGGUAAUAUUUUGUUUGUUGAAUCGAAUUCACUAGAUUUAUCAAUAAAAAAAUCUGAUAAUUUUCAGAGAGACGCAGAAGACAAGAAUCUGGAAGAGGACCAGCAAACUGAGAGCGUUGGUUUUUUUCUCGUAAAUUAUAGUUUUGGGUCAAUGUCAUGCUUGUUUCUAUUGAAAUAUUGCCGCAUAAACCGAAAAAAAGUCGUAUUUUUAUAAUUAUAAAAAAAUUUCAUCAUCUCGAAAAAAAUCGAGAAAUGAAAUUCUAUAAACCCUUUUAUAAAAACAAAAAAAUAACUAAAUAUUUUGGACCAAUAAAAGUUCGAAUAAUCCUUUCGGAAAUAAAUCAUGAUAUUUCAGGCUGAAAGUGAAUACCAGGAAGGCCAAACCGAGGAAGUCGCUGAAAAAAAGUUGGUCAAGUUUCAUAAUUGAAACUAUUAAACAUAUUUUUCACGAGUAAAAGCCGUUGUACUGUGGGAACUUUCAAAUGACCUUGGUCUUUCAAAAAAAUUAAGACUUUCCGAUGAUAAGAGGUCUAUUCAGAAAUAAAAAAGCCUUUGGGGCAUUCUCAAAUUCUUUUUUCAAGUUUAUCAAGUACGUUCUCAAAAAGCUUAUAGCGCCAAAAAAAACAAAUAACUUUUAUCAAACUUUAAUUCCGGUUAUUCUUGGCGUUUUUCUGAAGUUUUUAGGUGAGUUAUUGAAGGAAACUUUUCAAUAUUUAAUCACACCUACGCAAUAUCAUUUGGUUGAACUUCAAAAAAAUCUAAACUUAUUAUUGAAAAAAAGGAUAAAAAAAGUUCAUUGAUAUUGAUUGAUUGAAUAAUUUUACAAACGAUUCUAACUGAAUAAAAAAAUCGAAUUUUAGGACAAGGAAGAAAACCAAAGAGAAAAAAAGAGUCUUUCUCUUCGUCUCCAGAAAAGGAAGGACCAUCUAGUGUCACAGCUGAGCCGACCGUUUACCUGCGCCCCAAGAGGGCAGCAGCUCGAGACUGCUCAAAGAGAAGUAAGCUGUUUCAAGGCAUCUUUAAAACCCGGACUCUUCUAAAUUCGGAAGACCAACUCGAAUAACUUUAUUGCUUCGAGGGUUUGUCCGCUGACAUAAAAAACCAAGUUUGCAGAAAAAUGAUCUGGAAUAUACUCAGAUUGAUUUCAUGAUCCUUAGGUGAAUUUCGUGUUAGUCUUAGCUUUGAUAUUCUUUAGGCAUCCUGGAGCUGGAAUUUUAAAGACAGAGAAAAUCAAUUGAAACUUCUCAAAGAUACAGUUUGGAGCCCUUAUUUCUCAUAAGAGAAAACUUUAAAGAUCGACUCUCCCUAUGGACGCGAAACAGAGUUUUGAUCAAGUCGAAAAUAAGUUUCAUACAAAACGUAAGGUUUCCGUUCUUGGUAGCUUACCUAAUUUCUUUCAAGCAAUGUUUAUUUUUUUUCUGGUGUAGGCCAGCUGAGUCGCUUCAAAAUUCUUAAUUUUCAGAGAUAGAUUCUUAUAUUAUAUUCAUGAAAAAUCUUUCAAGCAUGCUAUUCUUAAAAAAAUUUCAUUAGAAGCGAAAAAAUUGCAUCCGGUCGAGGCACGGAAAGCUAUUUCUCCAAAUGGUGAGAAUGAUUCUUGAAAAAUUUUCAAAACAUUUCUCCCGAAUUCAAAUAGCUUGUACAAUUUCAGACAAGGACCUUUUCCAAAGUGAAGAAUGCGAGGAGGUUCGACUCAAAACUCAGGUAGUUCAGUGUAGGUACUUUUGGAUUUAUUUAAUGGUUUUUUUUGAGAAUCUCGCCCAAGCUUCAAAGCUAAAUAAUGGCCCAAAAGGACAAAACUUCGAAAAGACUGUUUUUUGCUCAAAGGUACCUUGUCGAUCCGAGAGUGUGAAGUUGUUUGCCUUGAUGCCGAACAAAACGCGUUAAAAAUCUCAUAAUUUUCAGGCAGUAGCUGAAAAGUCAGGCAGUAGCGGAGCCCAGAAAACCGUUAAUGUUUGUAUUAUCUUAUUCGCUCAAAAAUAAUGUUUUAUUCAAAGUUUUUUUAGCACGAAUCCAUAUCGCUUGAAAUUUUCAAAAAAAUCGUGAAAUCUCAUUAUCUGGUUUAUCUUGAAAAAAAGAAUAACGGAAUUUUUUUGUAUUUUCCGAUUCCUCGAAGUUAGAACCGUUCUAAAAAAACAUAUACCUUUCAAACUUUUGAGAACUCAUAGCUUCAAAAAUUGAAAAAAAUUAUUCUCAAAAUAUUCUAGAUCAAAACUUCUUUUUUUCCAGGAACAGAGCGAAAUCGAGAACUUGCCAACAACCGAAAAUCCAAAAAGCCCAGAACACGUUAGUCAAUUUUUUUUUCUUGGGGGCAUUAAACAUAUUUUCUGCAAUCAAAGUCUUUUUUUAUUUUUAUGAACCAAAAAAGUUUUGAAGCAGCGAGAUGAGAAAUCUCUUGUGGAUGGUUUUGGGUAUCCAAUAAAGGACUCCUUGAAACAAAACAAAAUUUUUUAAACAUCCAGAAAAAUAUAAAAAAAUUACCUUUUGGAUUAGCUUAACGGUUUUUAAAAGCUUCUUGCUUGAACAUCAAGUUUGAUGAUGUUUGGAACGCUUUGGGGGUUUGAGGGACACUUGAACAUUCAGACAAUGAUUUAAUUAUUAUAGUUGAUCCUGUUAUAUUUUUUCCAGGAAACGAGUCAGGCCACGCGGGAUGAGAUCUCCAUAAUAAGGCACGAAAGCACAAAAAAAUGACAGCGGUCCUGGAAAAACCUCUCAAGGUGUCUUUUCAGUGUAUUUGAACCAAACUCGAAAAAUUAAGCACUCGAAAGAAAAAUGGAUAUUUUUUUCAUCAAAAGAGCAAGAAAAAUUUGUAAGAAAAUCUUUAUCCUGCUCUCUUCAAAUACUAUGAUCUGAAAUAGAAAUAAUACAAUAUAUUUUUUUCAAAUUUGAGGUAAUCUUCAAGUCGAAAAAUUUUGGAGAUUUGGCGAGAUACGUGUCCCUACCAGAAGCGUACGACGCAGUAAGUUAUUUUUACAUUGAAAUAAUAAAUACUGCACCCAUUCAUAGAUUUGCUUGGUUGUUUUCAAAUUCACUGAGCGGCUUUUUGAGGAAUCUCGGUUUUUGUGGUUCUAUCUUCGGAAAUACUACACAAAAAGUCACAAAAAACAAUCAAUUCUUUAAAAAUUGUCUACAUUUUCAAACAAUAUAGAUUACAUACAAUUGUGAGAGAUAUAACUUUUUUUCUUUACGUUUUAGUAUAUAAAAUGCAACGAUUUUGUGGCUAACUGGGCGUGGCUUUGUCCUUUUAUGUUUGAACCCGUCUUGUAGGCACAAAAACUAUAAGAAAAUAAUUUGGUCAGAGUAAUCAACAGUGUAAUUUUUCAGCAAUCACUCGAAAAACAGACUCCUCCAGAGGUCGACAAAGCGAAAACUCCGUUAAAAGUGUGUUUUCAGUGUUUUACAAUUAAACUGGAGAGGGUUAUUAAGAGAAUCAACAUAUUUUUAUCAUAAGAACGAAAAGAUAUGGGGGGAAGUUUUUAUGGAAAUUCUUAAAAUGCUUGAAACAUUACUCAGACUCUUUUCUUAUUUAGAUCUUGAAAAAAUCGAAAAAAAAAAAACAAAAAAAAUGUGUUAUAGAUCACCUUCAAAGUCAAAGAACCCGAAGUUCCACAAGCACAAGAAGCAGUGAGUUGUUAUUGCAUUGAAAAAGGAGUACUCCACCUCAAAAUGGAUUUGAGUAGUAUUUUCCAAUCUUACUGAGCGAUUUUUGGAGAAGUCCGUUUUUGUAAUUCUGUCUUCGGAAAUACUUCACAAAAAGUCACAAAAACACAAUUUGAGCUUUGAAAAUAGAUCAGAUUUGUUAGGCAAUGUUGAUUACACAUUAUUGUGGAGAUCUCACUUUUUUCCUUUACGUUUUAGCGUAUAAAAUGGGGCAGGUUGUUUUGUGCGAAAAUAAAAAGGCCUCAUUUUUUUGUGAAGAAGUGGGCGUGGUUUUGCCCCUCUUUUACUUUUAACUCAAAACUGAUCAUGUAGGCAACUGAAACUAUUAGAAAUUAAAUUUGUUAUAAAAAUCAACUCUGUGAUUAUUUAGGAAACUCAUCAAUCGAACACAGAAAAAAUGGCUGAGGAAGCUCAAAAAAACGUUGACGAAGAAGGAGCGCAAAAGGUGUGUUCUUAGAGUUCUGCAGAUUACUUUGAAAAAAGGGCUCUCAAGAGAAAGAAAAUAUUUUUCAUGAAAAAAAACAAGGAAGGUUGGUGGGAGGUUUUAAAGGUAUUUCUUAAAACGAUUGAAAAUAUUUUCAAACUCUUCAGUUAUUCAGAUCUUAACAAAAUCGAAGAAAGAAAAAAAGUUUUUUAUAGGAGGUCUUCAAGUUGAAAAACUCGGAUGUUCCUCGAAUCAACAUCUGCAAACCGUCAGCCCCAGCGUCUAACACCGUGAGUUAAUAUCGCAAUAAGGACGGAAAUAAUCUUCAAAAAAAUUGAAACUACUAGAACUCGCAUAAUUGUUUCAAUACCAACUGAGCUGAUUCUCAGUAUUCGUUUAUUACGGUUGAAUAUCUCCCUUUCACUAGUCUUUGCGAACAAGUCACUCGGACUAUGAAAAAUAUUUUCAGGAAACGGCGACUGAAGAAACUAUUACCUUAAAAACAAAAAUCCAAUACAAAAUCGCCGCAACAUAUCACGGAACUCAAACAGUAAGUUUAUGAAUUUGAUAAAACCAAGUUAAUGGCUUUGAAGUGCUUAUUGAUGGCUCUGAACAUCACCGGAAAAUAAGAGAAAAUUUUUUCAGGAUUCGAACUACCUCAGAAUCACUAAAAAUUCCGUUUUUUUGUUGAAGCCUCUGAAAGGAAAAGAUUCGUGCUCGAGCCGAAAAGAUGCAACAGUGGACAGAGAUCUGAACGUGAGAUUGAUAAAAACUAAACCCGAAAUACAAAAAAAAUUUUCGAAAAAAGGUUCAUAAGAAUGAAAUGAGACCCUUCCUAGAGAUUUUAUUUAAUAUUGGAGAAAACUUCCUUCUUUGUUUUUAUCAUAUAGAAAACUGUUCACCAACACAUUUAUACACAGCGAUUCAAAAAAAAUGCUGUCGAAUGUCCUAUAGAGUCACACGAACUUUCAUUUUGAGUUCUCUAGCCAGUCGGGAAAAUUCGGAAUGGCGGCUCAUGUAACGCUCUAAAUGGUCUGGAACAAAGAAGAGUAAAAAACUAAAAUUCCGUUCUUCCAUGAGUUGGAAACGACUUGGCAACUAAAAAAAGAAGAAAUAUAGCAAGUCAAACUCAAAAAAAAUCGAUAAUGAUUGACUAAGAAACCUAGCAAAUAUUAUUUUUCUGCCCUUUAGCUGAUUAUUUGAGUAUUAAAAACCUGGAAAACUAUUGCAUUUUCAAGGUCUCUCCUGAUCAAGGCUCCCCUAUUGGAUCUGUUGCUGCUGGCUGUCCUGCAAACAGUUUUGGAGGGCCUGAAAUCAGCCAAAACCCGACAGUGAGUAAAAAAACUUUUAUUCAGCUCUUAAUAUAGGAUCCAAACGUUUUGGCCCUUGGAGCCGAGAUUUCAAAAAAUAUAUAGCAGGCCAAAUUUUUUUUAUUUGAGUUCCGCAACUAAUUUUUCGAUUAUCGAACCCCGUGAAAACGACUAAAUUUUUAAGGAAAAGGACCUUCCAGCCGCCCAGAUCGUAACUGAGAUUCUCAGCUCACCAGCGAACUUGGCGGAAAGUCAAAUUCCAACGGUGAGCAAAAGAAAACUUUUAUACAGUACUUCCUAUGAGUUUGAAACGUAUUCGCGACUGAACCCGAGAUAUAAACAGCAAGUCAAACUUUGAAACAAAUGACUCAAUAAUAAUUCAAUUGAGAAUUGUAGUGGGUCGUUGUUUUUUUUUGAGAGCGUCAAUCAAAUAUAUUUGGGUUUUAUUUAUUAAAGAAAACUGAAUUUUCAAGAUCGGUGCCGUUCAAGCUGCUUGCGAUGAAGUUCGUCGAGCAUCUGAAACUGCAAAUGAGCAGCGACUCCAUCAGAAGGAAGGAGUGAGUAAAGAAAUGUGAAAUGCCUAGUUUUUAUAUCGCAAACUUUCUGGCAGUAUGAACUUUAAAAAAAAUAUUGUGACCAGGUUGAAAAAGAUGAAUUAGUAGUUCUAUUUUUGACUAUAGUACACUGGAUCGCUUUACAGGAAUUUUUUUAUUACCGUAGAAAAAUGUUAAUUUUCAGUUGCCUGAAUUCGAAAAAGAUCUACCUUUUCAGUACUCAUACGAAAAAAAAAGCAGAAUCAAGAACCGAUUUUUGACCACACGCAAGAAAUCUUGCAAGCUGAAAAAUAAAAAUGGAUCGAGGACAUAAAAUAAUGAAAAUAAAGUUUUUUCCACAUCACACAAUCGACGGUAAAAUCGACGAUUUUUACUUCAAAAAAGCUUUUGCUCAUCCAAAAAUUGACCUGAUUCUGAUGGAAAGUUUUCAGAGAGAUAAGAGCCCGAUCAAUCGAAGAGUUUCUAUCUUGGACCCUCUCCGAAAACGAAAACUGAAGGAGGCUUCGGAAAAAAAAGAGAAAAGAACGAUGGAGUUGAAAAGAAAACAAAGUUUUAAUGAAUUCAUCGAAGAAGCCAAAAAACGCAAAACCGAGGAAACGAAAAAGAGAGGUAUGCUGGUUUUUUUUUUCAUUUUCUCAACGAGAAAACUAAUCAAUCUGAAAUUACAAGACUGAGAAGGUACAAAAUAUUUCGAGAAACUUACAAAACUUUCAACUCAGAACGAUGUUUUCAAAAACUGAUAUUAUACCUUUCAAAAAGCGCGGUUAGACUAUCAGAACUAUUUUCUUGCAUUUUCUAAAAGAACACUUUAAUCAAUUUUUUUUUUCUAUUAGGUGAUUUCAAAAUCGGGAAAAAUAUACGGUAAUAGAAAUAAUAGUGAUCAUAAAAAGAAUAGUUUGUGAAAAAAAUAUUUAUUUGGCACUACUCGAAAAAGGCCUGGACACUUGAAUGGAAAAAUGGAGUUAUUUGUUCCAUAGCAAAAAAAUGUUAAAAUGUACAUUUUUAAAAUUUAGGUCCUUUUUUUAUCGAUUCUCUUCUGGCUCCGAGAAGCGCGAAAGAAAAAGCUGGAAUUGUGGAUUUCGAAUCCACGGAAAAAGUCAGUUUUCAUGAGAAAAAAUUUCAAAGCUACAAAUUUAGGUUGAAAAUGAGAGUCUGACGAUGCCGGAAAAUGCCGAGGUAAGGCUAUUUUUUUUAACCAACAGUAACUCACCAGUUACCCAAAACAAAAUAAGAAAAAAAUUUCAAAAAUAGUGGAUGACUUACCGAUUGCUGAAUGACAACUUCUUUCGGAGCCUCUACAGCAAUCGCACGAAAACAGACUGCAACAUUUGUUAAAAUAUUUUUUUAAGUUGUCAAAUCUGUAGAGAUUUGGUAGCAUAGUUUUGGAUAAAUACAUCAAUAUUUAACAAAAAAUAUGUUUUUCGUUCCAGAUUCUCUUUGUUGCUCAGCAAGCAAAAGAAGUCGCCACGCCGCCAGAAACGGCUCCAGUCGAAACGACUGCGGAAGAACUCAUUGAAAAGGUGAACAUGAAACUUUUUCAUUAUUUUUACUUUUUUUCAGGCGCUCUUCGGGCCCAACAGCAACGGCGAAGCCUUGAUGAGUCAAAUAGCCACUGUGGAGGAGUUGCCGGAGCCUCAAAACGGAACAGUGCAGCCGAAAGAAAAGGUGAUUAAACUUUUUUCAUCUUUCGUGGUAUCCAAUUUUAUAUCGAGUAAUGUUCAUAGAUAACGUUUUUUGCUGAUAGUUAACUUUUUACUUUUCUCUCCCAGAUAUAUCAUAACAAUAUUGAGGAGCCAAAGGACAAACUUCUCGAAGAAUCUGUGGUCGCCCCUCAGCAAGAAAAACAGCCUGGAAAAAACAAGCGCAGAAAGGACGAUUCUGGUCCCGAAACGGCUGGUGAGUAAAAUUCGUAAAAAAAAAACAGUUUUAGAAUGAUAAUGAACGUUUUUUCAAGAUGUUUUGGUAAAAUUUUCAAUGGAGUUAAUUUUUUAGUCAUAAAUUUCAUGAUGAAAAAAUUUUUAAUGAGUUUCCAGUCGUUUUUUAUUAUUCAUCAGUAGAUUCUUGAAGUGAAAGCCUAAACAGUUAGACCGAUUCAAGGAGAUACUUUAAGACCUAAUUCCUGUCGAACAGAAAAAGUUAUUUUUCAGCUGUCCCGUUGAGAAAAAGUUCUCGGGAGAAGAGACAGACUCAGUUUUAUAAAAAUGAGAAUAUUUGCCUCCUCAAAGUGGAAAAAGACGCCAUCCGAUGGGUAUUUGAUUGUAAUUUACGUCAUUACGAGUUUGGAAACUUGCAGGGUGGCUUCAAUCCGUUCACAGGCAAGAAGGAGCCAGCCCCGAAAAGAAAAAGAACGACGAACCCAAAGCAUCCUUGA